CCUCAACUUUCCCCAAUUAAAAGAAGUUAACUGGACGCGUUUUUCUACCUUCCCUGCUGUGUGUCCAACCUUUAGCCAACAACUGUCGCCGCAACCAACCCUUUCAACUCCCCUUCAACUUCUUUUAAUUCUUUUUAUUUUCUCGAUCGGCAGCUAGUAAUUCAGAAACCUUCAUCAAAUUCGCAUCGCGCUUAUUAUCCAUUCCAUCACUGCUGCACUUUUUUUUCUUUUUUUCUUUUUCGCGUGGACUAUCAACAUGUCUGACGAGACGGCCGCGCAAUCUGCUACCGCGCAGGCCCCGGAUGCCACUCCUACUGCACCUGGGGACACGACGUCAGAAUCUGUCGCGCCUGCCGCCGACGUGAAGCCAAUUGAGAAAGAACCUGCACCUACUACCGAUGAUGCCAAGCCAAAGGAGGAUACCUCAACUGAAAAGUCCAGCUUUCAGUCUAGCGAAGACAAGGAAGCUACUUCCGUAGACGCUGAGACAGCUCCGACUUCUGCCCCUGCAGACGAGAAAUCCGCUGAUACUGAUGUCGAGAUGACUGAUAAGCCCGCCGACGAGACCCAGCAGCCUGCUGCAGAUACCAAGGUCGACUCGGAUAAGCCUGCUGAAGAGCCCUCCCAGGCGGGCCAGGAUGGAACUGCUGGUGUUGCUGAAGGUGCUACAGAAGGUGCUGCGGUCGAAACGGAGUCAACACCUGGAGACAAGUCUAAGGCGCGUCGCAAAUCUACCGGCGACACUAAGGGCAAGAAGUUAAACAAGAAGGCAUCCAGAGCCAAAAUCCUACACGUUGACGCGAAGCCGGGUGAACAUUAUUUCGCCAAGCUCAAGGGUUUCCCUCCGUGGCCUGUCAUCAUAGCUGAGGAGGAUAUGCUGCCACAGAGCAUGCUGAGCACGAGACCUGUCACAGCCGCCCGCCCCGACGGAACAUAUCGUGAAGAUUUUGCGGAUGGCGGUAAGAGGAUUGCAGACCGGACAUUCCCGGUCAUGUAUCUGCACACCAAUGAAUUCUCCUGGACCAACAAUUCCGAUCUGAGCGAACUUGAUCCCACUACAGUCGCGAGCAUGGUCACAACCAAGAUGCGAAAGGACUUGCAAAAUGCUCAUCUACUGGCUGCAGAACAGAACUCUUUGGACUUCUACAAGAAUGUACUCCGUGAAUUUGAGGAGCAGCGAUUGGCAAAGCUGGAAGCUAAAAAGGCCAAGUCUGUUAAGACGCCAAAGAAAGGCGCCAAAGCAGCUGAAGCUGUCGUGGCAGAUGAAGAUGAAGACCUUGAAAUGCCUGAUGUAGAUGAAGGCGAUGAUGCGGAGCCUGUCGAGAAGAAAUCCAAGUCGAAGAAGCGCAAGGCCGAAGAUGAGACUAACACUCCUCAACGCUCUGAAUCCGUCAAGAAGCCGAAGAUUAAGUUGACUAACUCGUCCACUCCGAAGACCGCCAACGGCGUUCAAUCACCUACGAAAGAAUCAUCUAAGGGUGUGAAGGUCAAGGGAAAGUCGAGCAAAGGUAGCAAAGAGAAGGCCGAUAGCAAGAAAGAGAAGGAAGCUUCUGCACCUAAGGAACCGGAGCUUAGUCCCGAAGAAAGACACGUGCGCAAAGAGAAGGAGAUACUGUUUCUCCGGCAUCGAUUGCAAAAGGGUCUACUCAUUCGAGACCAGGAACCGAAAGAGGAGGAAAUGCGGUCUAUGUCAGAGUUUCUUACUAAACUCGAGACCUUCCCCGAUCUUGAAGUUAGCAUUAUUCGGGCAACAAAGAUCAACAAGGUCCUGAAAGCCAUUCUGAAAUUGGAGACGAUCCCCAAGGAGGAAGAAUACGAGUUCAAGCCCCGAUCACAGACACUCUUGAACAAGUGGAACAAACUCCUUGCUACCGAUGAGGCAGCUUCUGCCCCGGCCAACGGCGUAAAUGGUGCCUCUAGCAGUGUUGUCAAGGGCGAAAAGGGAGCAGCCAACGGUGUGAAGGAGGCCUCGGACCAGAAAGCCAGCUCUGAAAAAGAAGACACCAAAGUUGAUGCUCCCGAAAAGGACACGAAAGACGAGGUAGAUAGCAAGGCUGAGUCGGCAGGUGAAGAAAAGGCAGAUUCUGAAAAGAAUGGGCCUACCGAAGAGACAGCAGCAGCGGCAGAAGUCGAGGCUGCAGCGUGAAGAGAUCUAACAGAUACUAAACUCGACGCGAAAACGACAACUUCCUUUCCAGUGCCUCGAUUUGAGCGAGGCAAACCAGGGGCGUUUAAGGGUAUAAGAAAGGGCUACAUUACUAGGUGUGGCUGCCGCUGUUCAGACGGUAGGCCAUGCGGCCAAAUGGUCCAUACGACAUUACAGUACUUGGGCUUGGGGGUUGUGUUCAUGCUAUGUAAAUUAGGCAGUACUUUUUCAUAUCAGGGGAUGCGCUGUACUACUCGAACAAGUCGAUAUUCGAUCAGGACAGGGGGGCCUCCCUCUGGGGGGGAGGAGGGAGGGGGAGAAGGGGAACGAAAAGGUCAGGCUUCGCACUACGUUAUUUGGUACCCCUUUAAUUAGUUCGUCGGCGGAGAGAGUCAAUGGACUUGGGACGUUAUAGUGGUUGCGUUUUUAGUUUAGGAGGUUUGUGCGGAUUUCUCAGGAAUUUUGCAGUAAAAAGAAAAAGGCAUCGCAUUACCUAGUUGCUAUAGAAAUAACGUGGCUACUUGUUUGUAUUUACAUAAGUACCUAAUGGUCAAUGCAAUCUUCUAUUGUAUUAUACCUCCUGUGAUGAAUCUUUGGAACUUAAACAGUAGGUACCUAGGUACAAUAGUGUAUGUAAUCUGUAAGGAAGGUUGGAGCUUGGGCCAACGCUAAGCUUAGUUCA